GUGGCCGUGUGUAACCUGGCCUCCAUCGCCCUCAACAUGUACGUGACCCCCGAGCACACCUACGACUUCAAGAAGCUGGCAGAGGUCACCAAGGUCAUCGUCCGGAACCUCAACAAGAUCAUCGACAUCAACUACUACCCUGUGCCAGAGGCCGAGCGCUCCAACCGGCGGCACCGGCCCAUCGGCAUCGGCGUGCAGGGCCUGGCCGACGCCUUCAUCCUCAUGAGGUUCCCCUUCGAGAGCCCCGAGGCCCAGCGCCUGAACCAGCACAUCUUUGAGACCAUCUACUACGGGGCCCUGGAGGCCAGCUGUGAGCUGGCCCAGGAGCAGGGCCCCUACGACACCUACCAGGGCUCCCCGGUCAGCAAGGGGGUGAGUGCCAGGAAAACCUGGGAAUGCUCGUCCUGGGCAGGGCUGGGGCACAGGCGGGAAGGGACCGGGCAGUUCUGGUUGGUGGCAAGUUGGAUCUGA